AUGAAUGUUGCGAAGGGCUCGCACAAAAAGCAUCACUCACACGGAGGAGUGACGCAUCCUGUCCAGAAAGACUAGGAUGAGUCAGAUGAUGAAAGCGACUUGAUAGACUAGAGUACUCUAGAUGAAAUAGGCGUCGAUGUGCUAAAUAACUUAAUAUAGAAAAUGGAACCAAUGGCAAUGGAAGCUCGAAGUUAAUUUUAAGUGAUGAAUAAAGACAUCGCGUUCAAUAUUCCAGAUGGAUAUAGAUUCGAGGAACAGUGCAUAAAGGGCAAUCAUUUUCACAGUCAACAGAUACUAUACAGUGACUAAAAAGAAUUAAAAUAGAAGUCUACAACAUUACUAAGGGGGAAAGAAAAUCAUAAUGAUAUGGAGUCUACAGUAAAUAUGGCAGAGGAAUCCUCUCUUCAUCUCUUUCCGCUGAGAGUAUCUCCCGACAAAAUGAGUCACCAUGUUUAAGCUAAUUAAAUAGACUCAUUUGGUAUUUAGCCCAAAACUCUACUUAAAAAGAGCACUGAUGUGUAGCGGGAAAUGCAAUCCACUAAUGAUCAAACAGGGAUAACUUCGUAGAAUUCUGCAUUUGCUAAUUUAAAUCCAAUUAGCAAAAGAUAAUAAUCAGCUUCAUAUGUUUAAAACCAGCAGAACACUUCGAUGCAAGAGGAUAUUGCAGAAGAGGAAGAUUUGAUCUCCUUGCCUGAUACAGAACGAGGGGAACAUGUGAAGUCGAAAGAAGUACUUUAGAUUUCUGACUCUUAAAGACAUAAUGCGUAACAGUUCCAGAAACAGAUAAAUAGGUAGAAUAAAAUACUGGAGAAUUAGGCUUUUCUCACAAAUAGCCAUAUUAGAAAGUUUGUGAACAAUAACAACUAAAUGCCAACAGUGGUGAUUGAAACUGACAGUGAGGAUGUAGCUACUUUCAAAGAUCGCAAAUAAAGAGGAUCCAUAAGAGCAGCAGGACUGUUUGGGGGUAGUAUUGCAAAUAUGUUAAAUGACUAGGAAUCAAUACUAAAUAUGUCUGUUAAUUAUUCAAAGAAAGAUACCUAAAACUUGAGAAACUCCCAAAAUAAUUCAAGUGGGGAUUCUGGCGAAAAUGCGUAGAGAAAUUCAGGAUAGCGAUAGCUAUACUAACAAGAGAAAUCUUCCUCAUCAAAUACUCAGCAAAUUGUGUAAACACAAACCGGAAAAAGAGCUAGCUCUGGCUAGAGGUUGACAUAAGGAAAUGAAAGUAACUUUCAGUAUGACUUGCUCAAUAAUUUUGGCUUAAAUGAGAUAGAGGAGGAUGAAGAGGAACGGAAGACCCUAAAAAUGCAAAGAAGCAGAUUCACUGGUCCAAAUAAUUUGGAUAAUAAGGAUAGAAUCCAUAUUGAUUUGGCUUCAGUUCAUAAUGAUGCUUAAAGUAGUAUAUUUAGGAAAUCAGAGGGACUAAUGUCAUUCAUUAUAAAUGAAGACGAUGAUGUCUAGCCUUCUCUUUUUACUCCGACAAAUUAAAGAGAAAUGGAGCAAAAUAUGUCAAGGGUAAUUCAAUCAUCAUCUUUAACAGUUCUUUGA